AUUCUUUCGGACUGCAAGUUCGAACCUUUAAAGAUGGUCAAUAUUACAAGUAUAGCUUUUGCAAGAAAGCCCCGACUUAUUUACGGAGUAAAACGAGGAAAGGUGCCUACAAAGCUUCGGCCUCACUUGCUCCCAAGCAGACAAGAUGAUGGAAGUAAGCUGAAGUUCUUAUUAUCCUGAAGUUCUAAGCUACUUUACCCGUACACUGCUAGUGUAGUCGGUUCAACAUAAAGUAACUUUAAAAUCGCGGUGCUGGGGGCAGCACUGAUAUAAGUAUAUUCAUAAACGUAAGAAUAACACAACAUUUUGUUGGACCAGAAGCCACUUACCGGUAAAGGGUCUUAUGAUGUCUUAUACAGGCCAGGGUACUUAAAUAAACAAUUUUUCUCUUAUAAAGGGUCAGAAUUAAUUUUGAAGGCCUCGUUUGUUCAACGAUACCCAAACGUCCCUUGAAGAUCCCCCCGGAUCGACUGUUUCGGUGACUGUGUUUGUUUAAUUUGUUUGAAAAAAAGACAACACAAAACACAACUAACGGGAAAGGUUGCAAGGGAUGGUUUUCAUUAUCAUCAUACAUGUAUUAUUACACUUUAUAAAAUAACUGAGAUAGUACGCGUGAUCUGAUUGGUCAAAAACCUAUGGUUUAUUAUACCGGUAAACCCAUAGAAAAGGGCAUCCGGACCACGAGCCAUAAACAAAACCGGCUAUUGAUCUGCAAACAAUGAUUUUAGAAAGGCUAAAAAAAAGAAUAAGUUACUUACCCAGCCCUUCUUAAUAUCAAAACGUUGGGACAUUUUAUUUGACACUAGGCUAAAGUAGAAAGCUGGAAAGCAGUUUACAUUUCACAUUUUGAAAAGGCAAAACCAAAAUAAUUUCUGGUGUGAAAUCUCAGGAAAACUUGACCAUGUGAAACCAGCAACAAAACGGAAAUUUUGCAUUCUUGAUUUUUUACCUGUAAAAUUAAAUUAAUGAAAGAAAUUGUUCCAAAAAGAGGUCUGAUCAAGGCAAAACUCUGUAGGUUGUAAACAAGUUGGCCGAUGAUGGGUCAGAGUUUGGGCUGGUUUUUCCAACAUUUGCACAAAUUAUUCGGUGAUAUGGAUGCAGGAUAUCAAACCAUUUGACUUUACAAAUCGACAUGUAUUAACGACAAUUUGUGGCUACGGCAAACCUUUUCCACCACUGACAUAUUUCCGUUACAAAAAGAGCAAUCUUGUUGGCAUUUCUUAAUCAUAAUAAACCAGACAACAGAUCUUAAACCAUUGCGGCUUGUAAUGGAAUCUUAUGAUGUCUUAUACAGGCCAGGGUACUUAAAAAACAAUGUUCAAUUUUUUCUACUUCAGUUAAACAGACCAUGAACGUUUUUUCAAAGGGUGAAUAAAUUAAUUUUCCUGUAAAAGGCUUUCGUUUGUUCAACUAUACCCAAAAACGUGCUGCUGUUUGUUGUUUGAUUGAACUGAGUUUGGAGAAAGUUCGACUGUUUCGUGACUGAUUGCUUUUGACUUUUUAAUUUGUUUAAAACCAAAAAAAGACAACUAACAAAACACAACUAACAGGAAAGGUUGAUAAGGGAUGGUUUUCAUUAUCAUCAUACAUGUUCUCCCAACAUACACUGUAAAUCUCUCUCCAAGCGUAAUAAUUAGAGAUGCUGUCAUCAUUUGGGCUGUCAUGCAGUAGACUAAAUGCGAUACGUUUAUGCACACAUGUCCCGUGAUCUUUUUUUUUUGUCUUUUUCUAAAUUCUUCAUUUUAGCUUAUUACAGGGAUCUUAAGCGUAUUUUCAGGUCCCCUCGUUCGGUCAUUGUAGGUCAUUGUAGAUCAUUGUAGAUCAUUGUAGAUCAUUGUAGGUCAGGUCAUUGUAGGUCAUUCCUUGUUUUAGUAACUAUGACCAUUCAUCACUGCAGCAAGACCAUUAGGUUACUCUCCAACUUUUGUGAAACUGUAGCAGAACUUCCAACUCUCACGGUUUGGGCUGUCAACACACGGUCUCAUGAUUUAGCCUCUAAAUCUCACGGUGAAUCAGAAAAUCUUGAAAUUGCCGGACAAUUCCGGUAGAAAUCGCGUAAUUUCCAAAAACCUGUCUUCAUAAUGGACAAAUUUUAUCAAAUCUAAUUUUGGGGGAAACCUAGGUCCAAUGCUAACCCCCAUUCCUGUGAAACGUAUGAUUAAUAUGAUAAAGCAAGCUCAAAAGGAAACUCAAAAUGGCUACUCACCGUCUUAUGGACAUGGAUCAUGAAACAGAAUCUCAAACUGAAGCAGGGACUUUGGAGCCACAGGCUUCCAAAGAAACGAGAAUUUACCAUUCUGGUUUUUUUAAAACAUAUUUUGGAAAUCUCCAGGUUUGAGAUCCCAAUUCUCCAGGUUUUUUGGGACUUAUUAUCAGUCACUCCAGAUUUGAAUGGUUUAGGGGUAGGAAGGUCUGCUGCGGUCAAAAACUUGUGAUUGUUAUCUAAAGUGACUACAUUAUAGACGAAAACACAAGACACUUACUGAUUUAGCAAUAAUCACAGCAUGCAAAGAAAGUGGUGUUCUAGUGGAUUUUGCUAUCAGGCUACUAAAUUUUGUUCUCAACUUGACCGACAGGCAAAUGAAGUUUUUUGGGGAAUUCAAAUUACAGGAGAUUUGUAAUCAAUCCUUGUCAAAAAAUGUUUCUGGGCUAGUUCAAAUGCUCUUGGGCUAGUAGUACAUGCUAGCUACAGCUUACCAGAAUAGCAAGCUGUAAAACUGACUUUCGUUGCUCUCUGGAACCAGCUAUUCCACUUUCAAGUUUGCUUAUCAUAUGCUUGGCAGUAUUGGUUCUUGAAUAUGAUUGGUCAUCACCAACACUCUGCAAAUUAAUUGGUUUAGGGAUCAUGUUUUUUAUAUCUUUGCACUUUCUGCAUUGCCUGCAAUAUGCUGGUUAAUAACCGUUAUUCUGAUCAUUCUAAAAGACAUUCUUGGUCAGCCUCCUUACAUGUUUUGAUGUAAUAAGUUAAUAUUAAACUAUACAUUUCUUGUUUUAGGAGCCCCUUGUGUACAUGAAAUGUUCCAAUUGUUGGGUUGUUGGAAAAGCAAUGCUUAUGAUGAUGCCUACUGCAGAGAAGAGAUUCAGUCAUUUAUGAACUGUGUUUCACAACAGGUAACUUCUCUUUUCCACUGGCAGUAAUUCAUUACAAAGUGUAUGAUUAUUAGGCCAUCUACACCACCCAUGUCGCCGUUUUAACGGCCAUCUUUGUGUCAUUAGUUGCCAUUUCUGCUGUCCCAUGUUGCUGUUUCAAGGCCAUGUCGGUGUCGGUAUUUUACGACUGUCUUUGUGGUUUUUCCUGUUGCUGUCACUGUUUUAAUCCAUCUUUGUGUCAUUUGUCGCCAUUUUUGCUCUCCUAUGUUGCUGUUUCAAGGUCAUGUCAAUGUCGCUAUUUUACUACUAUCUUUGUUGUUUUUCUCUUGCUGCUGUCACUGUUUUAACCCAUCUUUGUGUCAUUUGUCGCCAUUUUUGCUCUCCUAUGUUGCUGUUUCAAGGUCAUGUCAGUGUCGCUAUUUUACUACUGUCUUUGUGGUUUUUUCUGUUGCUGUCGCUGUUUUAACCCAUCUUUGUGUCAUUUGUCGCCAUUUCUGCUGUCCUAUGUUGCUGUUUCAAGGUCAUGUCAGUGUCAGUAUUUUACUAUUGUCUUUGUGCUUUUCUCUGUCACUGUCACUGUUUUAAUCCAUCUUUGUGUCAUUUGUCGCCCUUUUUGCUCUCCUAUGUUGCUGUUUUAAGGUCAUGUCAGUGUCAGUAUUUUACUGUUGUCUUUGUGCUUUUCUCUUUCGCUGUCACUGUUUUAACCCAUCUUUGUGUCAUUUGUCGCCAUUUUUACUCUCCUAUGUUGCUGUUUCAAGAUCAUGUCAAUGUCGCUAUUUUACUACUGUCUUUGUGGUUUUUUCUGUUGCUGUCACUGUUUUAACCCAUCUUUGUGUCAUUUGUCGACAUUUCUGCUCUCCUAUGUUGCUGUUUCAAGGUCAUGUCAAUGUCGCUAUUUUACUACUGUCUUUGUGGUUUUUUCUGUUGCUGUCGCUGUUUUAACCCAUCUUUGUGUCAUUUGUCGCCAUUUUUGCUCUCCUAUGUUGCUGUUUCAAGGUCAUGUCAAUGUCGCUAUUUUACUACUGUCUUUGUGCUUUUCUCUGUCGCUGUUUUAACCCAUCUUUGUGUCAUUUGUCGCCAUUUCUGCUGUCCUAUGUUGCUGUUUUAAGGUCAUGUCAGUGUCGCUAUUUUACUAUUGUCUUUGUGCUUUUCUCUGUCGCUGUUUUAACCCAUCUUUGUGUCAUUUGUCGCCAUUUCUGUUCUCCUAUGUUGCUGUUUUAAGGUCAUGUCAAUGUCGCUAUUUUACUAUUGUCUUUGUACUUUUCCCUGUCACUGUUUUAACCCAUCUUUGUGUCAUUUGUCGCCAUUUUUGCUCUUCUAUGUUGCUGUUUCAAGGUCAUGUCAAUGUCGCUAUUUUACUAUAUAUUGUCUUUGUGCUUUUCUCUGUCGCUGUCACUGUUUUAACCCAUCUUUGUGUCAUUUGUCUCCAUUUUUGCUGUCCUAUGUUGUUGUUUCAAGGUCAUGUCCGGGUCGCUAUUUUACUGUUGUCUUUGUGCUUUUCUCUGUCACUGUCGCUGUUUUAACCCAUCUUUGUGUCAUUUGUCGCCAUUUCUGCUGUCCUAUGUUGCUGUUUUAAGGUCAUGUCAGAGUCGCUAUUUUACUAUUGUCUUUGUGCUUUUCUCUGUCACUGUCGCUGUUUUAACCCAUCUUUGUGUCAUUUGUCGCCAUUUCUGCUGUCCUAUGUUGCUGUUUCAAGGUCAAAUGUCAGUGGCAGUAUUUUACUAUUGUCUUUGUGCUUUUCUCUGUCACUGUCGCUGUUUUAACCCAUCUUUGUGUCAUUUGUCGCCAUUUCUGCUGUCCUAUGUUGCUGUUUCAAGGUCAUGUCAGUGUUGCUAUUUUACUAUUGUCUUUGUGCUUUUCUCUGUCGCUGUCACUGUUUUAACCCAUCUUUGUGUCAUUUGUCGCCAUUUCUGCUAUCCUAUGUUGCUGUUUCAAGGUCAUGUCAGUGUCAGUAUUUUACUAUUGUCUUUGUGCUUUUCUCUGUCACUGUCACUGUUUUAACCCAUCUUUGUGUCAUUUGUCGCCAUUUCUGCUGUCCUAUGUUGCUGUUUCAAGGUCAAAUGUCAGUGGCAGUAUUUUACUAUUGUCUUUGUGCUUUUCUCUGUCACUGUUUUAACCCAUCUUUGUGUCAUUUCUCACCAUUUCUGCUGUCCUAUGUUGCUGUUUCAAGGUCAUGUCAGUGUCGCUAUUUUACUAUUGUCUUUGUGCUUUUCUCUGUCACUGUUUUAACCCAUCUUUGUGUCAUUUGUCGCCAUUUCUGCUGUCCUAUGUUGCUGUUUCAAGGUCAUGUCAGUGUCAGUAUUUUACUAUUGUCUUUGUGCUUUUCUCUGUCACUGUCACUGUUUUAACCCAUCUUUGUGUCAUUUGUCGCCAUUUCUGCUCUCCUAUGUUGCUGUUUCAAGGUCAUGUCAAUGUCUCUAUUUUACUAUUGUCUUUGUGCUUUUCUCUGUCACUGUCACUGUUUUAACCCAUCUUUGUGUCAUUUGUCUCCAUUUCUGCUGUCCUAUGUUGCUGUUUCAAGGUCAUGUCAAUGUCGCUAUUUUACUACUGUCUUUGUGGUUUUUUCUGUUGCUGUCGCUGUUUUAAUCCAUCUUUGUGUCAUUUGUCUCCAUUUCUGCUGUCCUAUGUUGCUGUUUCAAGGUCAUGUCUGUGUCAGUAUUUUACUAUUGUCUUUGUGCUUUUCUCUGUCACUGUCACUGUUUUAACCCAUCUUUGUGUCAUUUGUCUCCAUUUCUGCUGUCCUAUGUUGCUGUUUCAAGGUCAUGUCAGUGUCAGUAUUUUACUAUUGUUUUUAUGCUUUUCGCUGUCACUGUUUUAACCCAUCUUUGUGUCAUUUGUCGCCAUUUCUGCUGUCCUAUGUUGCUGUUUCAAGGCCAUGUUGUUUGUUGGAAUUUUACCCCAACAUGUGCCUCAUUGAAAAUGAAGAAAUGAUCAUCACAGUGCACGCAACUAUGCAAUUGCGGAAAAAAGCCUGAAAAAAAAAAGAGUGCAUUUCACUUGCAUUUUUGGCAGUCAGGGAAAGAAAUUUUAACCAUGGUGAUGACAUCUUUAUUUACCCACACUUGUGUCAACCAAACAAAAUUGUUUGAAACCAAACUAAAGUGAAAUACUAUUUACUUUUCCAGUACAUAUCUUAUGGCAAGACUCGGCUUCAUGGCCCUUCUAAAGCAGCAUCCUUGAGCUAAUCGUCCAGAAUAAAAUGAAAGAUAGCAAACUUGCAACAAUUUCAGCAAAUAAAAGAAAGUGAAUAAUACCUAUGAGUCUCUGAGCUGCAUAUAACUUUGUUUUUCAUUAACAGAUGGAGAUAGGAAGAAGAAAGUCUAGCUCUGAGUGGACCCAAGAUGAAGUUAAUGCCACAUUGAAACAUUUUACGCCGUAUUUGAAGAGAGUUCGCAGUAAUUGACUAGGCAAAACACAAUCUUUACUGACAGGUUACCUAGAAUAUUUGCAUCUAUCUGGACAGAAAGAUGGUUUUGUUUAAAGUUCCAGGAAAAAAGAAGGUGAAAUUUAUUAAAAUCAACUUUUUAAACAACUUUUUGUUUUUGAAAGAAAGUUCUGUUCUGGUAGGCCGCCUACUUUAAUGUUCAUUUUAGUGCCUAUACCAAGCUGUUGCUUUCAAUACUGAGUCUCCUUCUUGUAACAGAGAUUUUCUUUGCUACAUACAAUGUGAUUAGCUCUGUUUAUUUUGCCAUUUAUUCUACAUGGAAACCGGAAAAUAGUCAAUCUUUUUUUAUUUAAAAAUAAAUGGGUGGAUGUAUGAUGAAAGAUUUUCUUCAGACCGUUCAAGGUGACUCAACUUUAUGAAGGGAAGCUAUUUCGUGAUGUAGUGAAACGAUGUGUAGUGAAAUGGCUUUGCGGCGAAACGACCGGACAUUGUACCACCUAGUAGUAUUGGAAACUGACUGAGAUUAAUAAUCAGUCAUCAGAAAUAAUCAGAUUGUGCCAACCAAUCGAUCAUCGUUUAUAAUCUGAAAAAUCUCCUCAUAGGAGUUUGAUUAUUUUUUCUCCUGAUUGCAUAAGUACAAGUAAUUUAAAUCCAGAGUUUUUUCACUGUGGUGUACUUUUAAUGACAAUAGUUUUUUGAACAAAACAAAACCGUUACCAACUAAUAGAGACAACUAAGCACGGCUGGGGUGCUGUGUUUUUAUCAUCUUCGGAGAGGGGCAGAUAGUGGGGCGAGGGAAAGUCAGAAAAGGGUCAUCAAUGUAUUUGGUGUGAAGACAACAGAAAAUUUUUAGAAGUUAUGAAUAUUUGAAAAUCAUAUCUGUUGAAUUGGUUCGUUAUAAACCCGUGAAGUUUAUGAAUAUAUGAAAAGAUUUAGGUAAGCCAAAUUUUCAACGCUGACAUUUUGCGCCAUCGUUGCACGACUACGACGUGAAAGUGCCUAAUUUCACGUUUUCUCGAUGACAUGGACGCAAGACAAUGAUGUUCUAAUCAAAAUACAGUCCAAAAGAAUUCCCCUAAAAUUUGGCAAGUUGAACGACAUGGAAUGAUAGCGAUGAAUUCUGAAACAGCGUGAAUUCACUCAAACGUUGAAUUUCAACUGUGCCGAAUUAAUGCUGUUGAGGAAAAUUUAUUGUCCUUGUUCAUUUGCAUUAGAUUUGGCACAUCUGAAAUGCGACGUUCGAACCGGGCCUAAAGGUGGAUUUCCACUGUCGCAUAAUUUUUCCGUGCGAACGCACGUAAAUUUUACGCGCGUAAAUGAAAUUGAGACAAUGUAGGGAAGGUCACGCGUAAACGUAAAAGUUGAACCUCGCUCAACUUUCACGUUUACGCGUGACCUUUCGUACGUUGCCUCUAUUGUAUUUACGCGCGUUCGCACGGAAAAAUUACGCAACAGUGGAAAUCCACCUUAAGUCUAUGCUCAUACUAUGCCGGAUAGCUUUUUGUACCUAUCAGAUAUGUGACUCUCCACUUCGGAGAUCUAUGUGACGCAGCUCUGCUCCGUCACAGAAAUCGUGCUGAAAUCACUGUUUUUAUGCGUAAACAGAAGCUCCAUCCGGUACGAUUUUAUGGUGUGAACAUUCGCGCGUAAAUAGCAUAAAGGCGAUGUAUGAAAGGCCGCGCGCAAACGUAAAAGUUGAGCGAGAUUCAACUUUAACGUUUACGCGUGACUUUCCAUUUUAUUUACGUGCGUACGAACGUGAAAAUUACGCGACAGUGGAAAUCCACCCAAGAAAUGUUUUCUUCGAUGUCUAGUGCACGUCUACGACCAGUAAAACUUCCACGACACCCUUUUUUGGAGAAUGUGAAUUUUCUUUUUUCGGCGUUGUACUUGAGUACAGGUCUUUAAGAAUUCACCUGCAGGAAAAAUUCGCCUGUAUCUGACAAAUAUUAGAACCAACAAUAAAGUUUCCUCGACACUAAGAGAAACUGAUACCCCCUCUCUUACAAAAUAAAUUGAACAAAAUCUGAAUAAAAUUAAAUGCACAGAAUAGACGUGAUAUUUUUAUAAUGGAACCGUGACAACUGAACUAAUACGAAAGAAUUAAAAAUGAAUACAAAUUAUAAUUAUUACGAAGAUUUCCUUUUUUUCAGAUUAACCGAAGUUACAAGAUGCAGACUGAGAAGAUAUUUCGUUAUCGAGAUAUAUACAGUAUAUCUAAUUGAAGAUAACGCUGUUGAAAAAAAUGAGAAAUUUUACAGAUUAAAUAUAUAACAUUAAAAAAAUUAGUAACUGGUGGGGUGACAAACCUUGACAACAGAAUCAGCCGGGCAAGAAUGAUUUAUUUUAUCCUAGCUUUAAAGGUCCGUUCUCAAAACACCUAGAAAAGAAUAAAUCGUGCCCAUGGAUAGGAAAAGUUUCCGAAACGCCGCGAACCUCCAGGAAUUAGGCCAAAAAAAGAAAACCUCUGCUGCUUAGGGUAGAUUUAUUCUAGAUGAUAUGGAGUAAAAAUGUUGACGCGCUUCACAACUGACUCUUGGCUUAGAAACGGUAUCCAUGGGUGUUUUAUGUUGAACCAACGGAUAAAAAAUCAAGCUCCCAUUUUUUGGUAACCAAACCCGUAAUGGCAGUGAGAAGAUCUCUAAGACCCUCGAGGCUUUUGAGAAUACUAUGUUUAUUGUUGUCACUAUCAGUGGGCAUUUAUUUUCUUGGAUCGUCAACUCCAUCAUACAAUAACAGAUGGACAGAAGACACAAAACAUCUGAUAGGAAAAAACGAUAUUGACGAAGUGGCGUUUCUCACCUCUCAGCGAACAGGAGCUCGAGGUAAAGGCCAACUAGCACAACAUUCAGAAAGGAAGAGAAGGAAUCUUAUCAUUGUGUCUCAUGGCCGGUCCGGUUCUUCGCUAAUGGGAGAUAUUUUCAACCACCACCCCUCCGUAUUUUAUAUGUACGAGCCCUUACAAACGGCUGAACGGAUUCAAUGGAAGUCAAAUCAAGGAAGAAAUUACGCCAGCACUGUUGAACUUUUUUUGACAAGCCUCUUUCGCUGCGCAUUUGACCAUCCAGAGAUUCUUGCCGACAUCGAGAGAUACUACCGUAAACCAGAUCACCCUCGCAUAAGCCAAGCCAUUGCAUCGCCGCCUUUAUGCCCCUACAAACUAACAGACUCAAGAUGGGAUCCAAAGCUAUGUUAUCCUAUGACAAGCGAGUCUUUGAGAAGCGCCUGUACUAUCAACUACAAUUUAACUGUAAUUAAAGUACUCUUAUCUCGUAUUCCCGAGAAUAACAUAAAACACAUUCUGAAUCCCUGCAACUCUAUUGAUGUUGACUGUAAAAUUGUCUUUCUUGUAAGAGAUCCUCGAGCUGUAAUCCCUUCGUCGCGUAGCAUAGGCUUCUUUAAGGAGAAAGCAGACAACAAAGCGCUCCUGAGCACACGAUUCUAUAGCUAUAAACAGUGCAAACAGACUGAGGAUAACUUGGAAUUCAUCCGAAAACUUCCGGAUUCCCUUCGUAGUAAAAUCAAACUUCAACGUUACGAAGAUUUGGCGAUAAACCCAUUGAAGGAGCUUUCAGCCCUGUACGAGUUCGCUGGGUUGCCGGUUCUCCAAAAAGUGCGCACAUGGUUGAACGAGACUACACAGCAGAGUAGGGCAGCGUGUAGACGCGAGGAUGGAGCCGCGGUCACUUGCACUAAAGAUGACGCAUGGGCAGCGACAAAUCGCUGGCGAUGGAAGGUGCAUCCGCAUGAGAUUGACGUUAUAGAGCGCUACUGUCAACGGGUUUUACUACUUAUGGGAUAUAGGCCUGUAGAUGGAUCACAUGAUCUGUUAGCGGAUAAAGAGAUUCCACUCUUCAGCAGUGACUACGAAGCAAAACACUGGUUUUUUAAUUAA